AUGGAACAAAGCGACCAAGCCGAAAGCGCCCACUCGGUAUUCCGCGUCGUCCAAAUCUUAACGUUAAUCCCAUGCUGGGCAAUCCUAGCCGCCCUAAUCAACGUCUACAACAAAAACGGUGUCGUCCCACCAUCCGGCAUUGUUUGCCUCUUCGUCGUCGCCCUCCUCGCAUCGGUAUGGUCCUUCUGCGUCCUCAUCACCGCUAUGCGCGCGCGGAACACGGCACUGUGGAUGAGCUUCUUCGACAUCUGCUUCAUGGCGGCGCUCAUAGCGGGCGUGGUCCUCCUCUCCAACAUCGCCAAUUCCGAAUGCGUCUUCGCUCGUGUGGCGAGCGUGAUAUACACGACGGACGGCCAGAAGGUUUGGCAAUCCGGAGGGAACAGCGGUGAUGGCAUCUGGCAUAACGACGACAAUUGCUCCCUCGCGAAGGCGGCCUGGGGCCUCGGCAUCACAAACAUCAUCCUUUUCUUCAUCACCGCUAUCCUAGCCGCCGUCGUGUAUAAGCAGAAUGAAGAGGAAGACAAUGUGGUGGAGAAGGUUUAUACCACUCGUGCUGCUGAUCCGUACACCCGCCAUCCGAGACGUCACCGACAUCGCCAUAGGAGCCCGAGGACUGGGGAGUACAUUGUUGAGGAAAGGCUUUAAGGAAUGUCUAAGGAGGAAGAGAGGAAGUUUGUGGGACCACUUUUACACAGAUUUCGAAGACACCCUUAUCAUAUUCAUACCUUUCAUGUUUUCGUCUAACUUAUGUUUCGCGACUCUUCACAAUUCACUUUCACGCUUGUAAAUAGUUGUCACUUUAUGAGCAAAGGCAGGGC